UUAAAGGUAACUUGUGGUGAUUUACCCACAAAAAUUUUCAUUUCUGAAAAGUACCCUGUCUAUCUUAAAUUUCUCUGGAAAAUGAAAGUAUCUCAAAAAUCUGAGUAACAGGUUAAGGAGCCAUUUCACAGUGCUGCUAAGCUAUGUCACGUGGUAUUUUCCACUGACAGGAUGUUGCCUUCCAUUCAAAAUGAUGUUCUGCCAUCCGGACUGGUGAACAAUGUUAUGCAUCAAUUGUAGUGCAAUGCUAGGUAAGUGGGCAAUAUGGACAAAUGAUUGACUGAAUCAAACAGUAUCUUCCUUUGUGUUUAGCAGAGCAGACAAUACUCAACUACCAAUGCUUGCAAAAACCCAAAGCAAAGCAUCUAUUGUUAGAUUGUGGUAAUGGGGGGAGGCACCCGAUGGUAAUGUCACUGGGCUGGUAAUCCAGAAUCGCAGAUUAAUGUUUGUGGGACAUGGGUUCGAAUCCCACCCACAGUAGAUGAUAAAAUUUUGAAUUUGUUAAAAAGCCAGCCAAUGGCAACCCAUGUAAUCCCUGAUGAAUAUCGUAAAAUCCCUUCUGGUUUACUAAUGUCCUUUUUGGGAAGGUUGUGUGUCAUCCUUACCAAGUCUGGCCUAAAUGUGACUCCAGCAAUGUGUUUGAUUCUUAACUGCCCAUUGGGUAAUUAGGGAUGGGUACUAAAUGUUGGCAUAGCUGACGAUGCCCACAUCCCAUGAACAAAAAAACAAUUUAAGAUAAUCCGUCAAGCUCAUAAUGUGCGUAAUUUACUGUUUGCUAGCAGUGACUGUGUGUACAUAAGGAAACGUUUUGAAUUGACCAGAGCUUGGAGUCUAUAGGUCCCAUUUAUAGAGGGAGCAGUCAGAGUUGACUUGCCAAUCAAUGACCACACCGUUCUCUGGAAGUACAAGUUACUGAUUGCUUAAAACUUGAUAGUCUGCUGUUUGACCUGAUGAUGCAAGACGAAAAGGUUUGGGAAUAUGUGUCUCUUCUGAAUGGCGUCUAUGUCAAAUAAAGUGACACCCCGGUUAAAAUUCCAAUGGAUUCCAGGAGUGGUUUCAAGUUCUGGAAAUCUCCGCACAAAUUUUUCCACUUCAAAGAGAAAGCUCAGCUCUUUUUCUCUUUGUAUCUCUCCCUUACCUUCCCUCUUACUAAGUGUCCCUCUAUCACUCUCAAUUCUGACUUUAUGGACAUGUCUCUCGUAUUCUUUCUCUCACUCCUCUCCUCUCUCUUCAUACAUCUCUCUGUCUGUUACACAUGAUUAAUUCCACUGUGCCCUCCUGACCUGGCCCCUUUUGUUCUUCUGUACUUCAAUAAUAUACUGUUCUACUAACUCACUCUCAUUCUUAGAAUGAAGACAAAUGACCCUUUAAUAACACCGUACUACGAAUAGAUUAAAGUGACAGGAAGGAGGUAAUAUUUAGCAAUAUGAAUUCUUGGGAUGUUGCAAAACAGAAAAUUGGGUAGUUAACCUCCAGGAUUUGCACCUCGACCUGUUAGGGCUGGACACCUGUUUACUCCACCUCUGAUAUACACAAACAUCCAGUGAGGCGAUGAAUGCACCGAAUUUGGAUGGGGAUGUAAAUGAGGCUUUGCCAUUUUGAGAAGGCAUUAAAGAGAAGAUUAUUAGAAGUUGCAGUCCUAACAUGUCCAUCCUUGAAUAAAUCACUUUUCAGUGUAGAUUGGAAAGCAAACACUUUAUUUUGCUUUUGUUAUCUUUAAACGCACUGUUUAAAUGCUGGUCCUAGAUACAUCCUAAAUUAUACCUUCCAUGAACCUCAGCCUGUGUCCUAGCUCACUUAAGUCCUGCUUGCCUUUUGCCCUCUGACUUAUCCUGGCUCCCACUUUAGCAGUGCCUCAAUUUUAAAAUUCUCAUCCUAGCGUUCAAAUUUUUCCACAGCCUUACCCAUCGGCAUCUCCAUCACCUCCUCCAGCUCUAUAACCUAUGCACUAACCUCUUGUCCAGACCCAACUUCUUUUGAGCCACUAUUAACAACACUUUCUUCAGCUGCCUGAGCCCUAAGCUCAAGAAUUCCCUCCCUGCCCCUCUACCUUUUUACUUCUGUCUUACCCUUUAAUGCUUUUAAUAACAUAGCUCUUUCACCAGCUCUUGGUCACCUGUCCUAAUACCUUUCCAUGGACUGGGGUUAAUGCUUGUCUGAAAACAGCCUUGGGAUUUUUUACAACUUUAAACACACCUAUAUGAAUGCGAGUUAUUGAAAGACAACAGGUGUCAUCUUACAUUAGACUAACGUCAGCAAAUUGAAAUGAGGAUAAAAGGCCCUUGUUCCCUCACAAGUGUCUGGUUGCUGACUUUAGUGUGGGGACAGUCAGUGAAAAAGAAAACAAGAAACAUUUUUAGGACAUCAGCGGCUGUUUGCACAGUAGCAGCAACAUUGGAGGAACUUGAUGCCAUUGUAUAAAGAUGCGGGGAAGCCUCUGGAUUUGGCUGGUUGUCCUGACUCUUUGCCAAGCUCGGUCCACUGUUGGUGCAGACCCAGGAGAAAAUUUACCAGCUGAAUUGAGACAAAUACUGGAUAAGUUGUUGGAUGAGAAGUACAUAGAAGGAACUGUCAAAGCACUGGAGUACCUCAGGGAGAAUACUGUUACUAAAUAUUAUGCGGACAUGCUGCAAUACCUUCGUUCAAAGGGGUCCAGUAUGCAUAUGCUUCAGAAUUCGUUCUCCAACUAUUUCAGACAAAUCAUCCUUCAGCCAAGGAAACUGGCCACUGAUCUGCACCAGAUGGACACCUCAACCUUCUUACUCAGUGCAAAGUAUUUCCGCAGUGGCAUGAGCAUAGAGAUUGCAUUUACCACCUUCGACUUUGGGGAUAUUAAAAACCAGUUAAUGCAGAUGCCCGGAGGGAACCGUUCUCUCUUUGAGACCAGCUGGAAGAAAUGUUUACCGUUUAUCAGUUCCUUUCAGUGUUUGGAGCUGGUGAUUGAGACGUUGAGACUGACUUCAGGCAUCUACCUACAGCCGGAGAUGGUUCAGAACCUGCCCAAAGAUCUUCAUGAAGAGACAUUUAAAAAUAUAACAACAGUUUUUAAGGAGCUCUAUAACAAAAUGGCUGCUCGCACACAAAGAGCGAUAUAUGAAUGGAUGAGGCAAACACUGCAACGAUCCUAUAAGCCACCUGGGCUGAGUGGGUCAGGAUCGUGGAUCACUGCUGAGAACCUGUGGUUUUUGGGUCAAUAUAUUGUCCACCUGCCUCUUGAGGAGAUCCAGAAGAUUAACCUAAAUGAGAUUCGACUUUUCAUUAAUUAUGACAAUGCGACAAAGCAGCUGGAUUCAGUGUAUGACAUUACACCUGCGACUGCCAAAGCUUUCCAAGAAAGGAUUGAUGCCAGUGGCUUUGACUUGAUCAACACUUCCACAGUGUACAGACUUGGUCUUCUGGUCUGUUUCUUCGACAACGUCCAGGAGCUGGACGCAGGGGAGGCUCGCAGCUUACUGCACCAGAUGAUAAAGUGCAACCGUCUCAAGGGGUUCCAAGUUGCUGUGAGGAAGUUGAAAUCCCAGCUCCUGGAAUUAGUCCUAAAAAAUCAAACCCUGAAUGAAUCGUUGGACUCCAUCUCUGAUGCAAUUGCUGGGCUGUCCUUCACACAGCUUGAAUCACUGUCCGCAGAAGCUGUGCGGAACGCCAUUUCUGUCCUAAGGACGGUGACCGGGUGGACAAAGAGCCAGAUGAUCAUCCUCAUCGACAAAUUUAUUGGUGACAGUAAGCAGUUGUCGGUGUUUAACAUUAGCCAGUUGGGCGAGCUCAUGUUGGGAGUCAGCGCAGGCUUGUUGUACAACAUGAGCGCUGAGGGACUGGCUCAGGCUGUAAGAGGCCCACUGUCUGAACAUGCAGCACAGCUUUCCGCAGUCCAACGCAUGGCAGUGGUCACUAAGAUGGUCGAAACCAGUGAUAUCUCUUCUGUGUUGGACCUGUUGAAUGGGUCCUUCUUAAAAGAGUUGUCUCUCUCCAGCCUGCUUAAAGUAAAAGACUACAAUAUUACUCGGCUUGACCACAAGGAGCUGAGGAGAAGUCAGGCUUUGUAUCUUUACAAUGUAGUGUCUGAUGGGAAGCCUGGCAGUGAAAUAAUCAGUGUUGGAGAGUUAGCGAAAGGUUUAACCUGUGAACAAAUCCAAUCCUUGGACAACACAACAUUUCUCCCAGUUGCUGAAGUCUUGAAAAGUAAUCUAGACCUUCUGUCAUCUCAUCAGUUGAACUGCCUGGCAUGGAAGUACCAACAAGAAGCACCCACGUUAAUGCCCCCGCUUCUUCUUGCAACCCUGCCCCAUGUUGUUCUGGAAGAUGCAGCUCAAUCUGUUUGCAGACUGUUGUUGUUCAGCCUGGGCAGGGCUGAGCUCCAGUUAAUCAUUCCCGACUCCACAAAGAGGAAUGAAGUGAUCAGAAGAGCAUUUCAGUGUCUGAAUGACACACUGCAGGAUGAGUAUGAUGUGGAUGUCUUGGGCGGAAUGAUUUGCAAUUUGUCGCCACAAACCAUCAAAACGAAUAUAUCCCUCAAAGCACUGACUGAAGCAUUCAUGCAGUUCAGGUCUUGCAAGAACCUCAGCAAUGACCAGAAAAUAGAAAUUCGAAAUAAAAUUAGAGAAUAUUAUAGCACUCCAACUGCCUGGCAACCCGAAUUGAUACAAGAUUUGGGACCUUUAGUUACAUUCUUGUCAAAGGAGGAUCUGACCAUUGUUGCUGAAAAGUUUCCGGAUGUAUUGCUGCAGUUAGCUUUGGAUGUCGAGGGGAUGGCCAUAUUUCAGGACUUCCUGGCUGUGGUGUUCAGCACUCUCAUAAGAGCAACUGAGAACGAUAAACUCUCCAGUCUGACUCCAGGUUGCCGUGGAUUUACAGUACCUUCUUUUGAUCAGAUACUCAAGCUGGCCAAUGCCAACUCCUAUUGGUCAGUCCAGGAACUAAGCUGCAUGUCCACUCAGACUUUUAUCAAAAGUGUCGAGCACCUCGGUGCCUUGAAGAGUUUUGACAUGAUACAACUCAUUGCUCUAAAGGACAAAGCCAAGAUGGCUUGGGGCCCAAUUCGAAGCUGGAAAAAAUACCAGGUUGUUGCACUUGGACGAAUUGCGCUGGCUUUAAAUGAGAGUGAAAUCAAAGAGCUGGAGCUUGGUUCCAUUGACACUGUCGCUGCCCUGAGCCAACAGAAAGAGUGGACACCAACACAGGCUAGGUCUAUGUUGGAAGGCUUCCUCCGAGACUCUGGUCUGACUGUUGAUGCAAUGAAGGAAUGGGACCUAGUUGGAUUAGGAAGCUUGUUGUGUGCAAUGACUGACCAGGAGGUCAUCUUCUUGAGUGCUUCAACCUACAGUGCUGCAGCUGCAAGGAUCAGUGAGAUUGUCUGCGGAGUGGAGAUCCUCCAGGAACUGCUGAAGAAAGCAAGAUAUGGUUUUGGAAAUGUCACUGCGUGGGACAACUUCAUUCUCCAGGAGGUUGGAACAGUAGCAGCUGGAAUCCGUAAGGAAGAGAUAAAGAUGCUGAAUGAAGAGCUGAUGCCCUACUUCCGACCAGCGGCAAUAGCUGCUCUACCCAGUGAAGUAUUUAAAGAGCUCUCCCCAAAACAGCUAGCAAACCUCGGACCUGAGAAUGCAGCCAUUGUCACAGAGUCUCAGAAAGCCGCAUUGAGCAGAGAACAGCUUUCCAGCCUGCAGGCAGCAGUGGAUGGAGCAGAUUCAAACCACUUAAUUCAGAUGUUGCUCUCUGCUUCUCCAAUCCUCAAUAGUUCAACUUUCCCUGAAGGAAAUCUUCUCUUAGGUUGGGCUGCAUGUAUCAUCGUGUAUUUUGUUUCCUAAGGAUCAGCCUACAGAUGAGAACCACUGUUCCAAUGCACAAUAUUUGUCCAUUAGACAGAUACAGUAUGUAGAUAAGUGUCAAUGUAUCGCUGCUAAACUGUAAAGUAUUAGGCUAAUGAAUUUUCAGAGUUGAAUGAAUGUUCAUUUUUAAGGUCAGAAAUACCUGCCAUUUUUUAUUUAAAUCAGUUCCCCUCAUGAUGUUCAUUUGUUAGUUCACUUGGAGCAGAUUGCAGCCCAGCCAGGGAUCUGGGAAGAUUUAUAUUUGUAUUUUGGAUGUGAGCCAUGUGUUGCUGAUCCUUGGUUGCUUUGAAGGCUUUCAAAGUCAACUGCAAUAUCUGGCAUUGGAGUCAUGUAUAAACUAAGACUGGAUAUAGUUCGACAGGUUUCCUCCCCUCCCCCAGAGAACAUUAUUGACCCAGCUAAGGGCUUUUUGAAAAUGUCAGUCAGAUUUUAUGCAUGUUUUCUGGUGCCAAUUCAGAAACUACCAGAUCUAUUAAAUUCAUUGCCAUUUUGGGAUUUGACCUAAUGAACGUAGGUGUUUAGAUUGUUCAGUAAAGGAUUCAUAUGAACUGGCAGGUCUGAUGAAAUACCAUGGCCAAAAUCCCACUGAAAGAUGGAAAAAAAAGCUUAAAAUAAAACUAUAAUUUUCUUGAUCUCCUAUUGUUCUGAAACUUUACAGCCAAUGAAGUUAUUUUGAAUUGUCGUCACUAUUGUAAUGUCGGAAACAAGGCAGUCAGUUUGCACGCACAUAAAUCCUUCCACAGUAAUGAGCUAAUCAUCAGCAAAUCACAUUUUAGUGAUUUUUGGUUGAAGAAUAAACAUUAAACCAAGAACAUCAGGGAAGACUUCAUUUCUGCUCUUUUGAAUAGUGCCUUAUAAUUUUCCCCAUUCACCAGAGUAGGCAGAUGGAGCCUCCAUUUAAUGACCCCUCUUUCAAAAUGGCAAAUCCGACAGUGUAGCAAUCUCUCAGUACAGCGCUGUUGACCUAGAUUCUAUGAUCAAGCCUCUGGGAUAGCAUUUGAACCUAUGGUCUUCUGGCUUAUACGAAAGAGAUUGUAAUCCACUGAGCCACAGUUAAUCCAUUUCUGGACAGCCAUAAUUUCUGUAGUUCGAUACAGGAUGGAUAGAGAUAUAUUCCAUGGAGUUCCUGGCUUCCCUGUACUCCUGUCAAUUCAUCAGUUGUCUGGCUUCUGACUUCUUGAUGAUCUUACAAUGCAAUUCAGAAGCAUUUCCCAAAUGUGCUCUGUAUGCUCAGGAUCUCUGCAUCCAUUUUGCCUCUCAAUUUAGGCAAAAUAGCAUUAAAAGUGGGAUUAGGACAUAAUUGGUUCUCAGGAGAUAGUAUCACUAUUUGUUUCUUCUCUUCCACAUUUGCCCUGCCCACCUCCAGUGGUUAGUUUCAAUACAGUCAGCAGUUUUCCAAAGUGAGUGCAGUUCCACAUCUCAGUAUUUAGUAGUCAGGACAUGAGACUGAUGUGGAGGUUUAAUAUUCCAUUAACACACAAACACACACACAUGAUAAUUAAUGCAAUAAAAUAUGAUAAGGCACUUUACAGAAGUAUUAUUAAACACUGAUUUGACCUUAAACCAUCUAAUGAGAAAUUAGAACAGAUGGGCAAAAUCUUGUUUAAAAACAUAGGUUUUAAGGAACAUCAUGAAAGAGGAGGUUUAAGAUUUGAAUUAUAGAACUUGGGGCCCAGGCAAAUGAAAAAUCAGCAACCAACUGGGCAGCAACUAGGGUCAGUACUAUGUAAGCUCAGAAUUGGAGGAGCACAGAGAUCACAGGCAGUUAUAGGGCAGAAGAUUGUUCAAAUAUUUUAAAAAUGCAAUUGUGUUCACAAAAUGUAAAAAAAAAAAUCACAAGUUCAUGAACCUCUGGUUGCUCAGCUGUAUUUUGUUUAAUUGUCCAGUAGCUCUUCCUGUGUACCCCAACCUGACUUUUAGAUUUCAAGCAUUAGUGUGGAUAUAUUUGGAUAAGACCGUAGGAGCAGAAAUUAAGGCAUUCAGCCCAUUGAGUCUGCUCUGCCAUUCAAUCAUGGCUGAUGAGUUUCUCAACACCAUUCUCCCACUUCCUCCCUGUAACCCUUGAUAACUUAAGAACAUAUCACGUUAGACUCUACAUGAGGAAAAGUGGUUAAGGGGUCCCGCCUUAGUGACAUAAGUUUGAAUCCAACAUGGGUGAAAUAAGUUGAAGAUUUCUGAUGGCCUGAGGUCAGUUGCCCAGGCUCAUGUGGACAGACAGCCCAUCAUGUCACUCAGUAGAACCAGAGGGUGGCUGGGCUGGGAAAAAUAAAGAUCCUGCAACUUCCAGUGGAGGAAGCACUUUCUGCAGAACUGCAUUUUGUUCCCUAGAGAGAUAAAAACACCAUUGGAUAACAAAAUGGAUAUACUUUCUACUUAACCAAAUUUAAGAAUGGACAAAACUAAUUUUGCAGGUGUUCUGAUACACAAACCACUAGAUAUUGGAAUCUGAACAGUUUGCAAAAGACAUGUUUGGAUUUUAACUUUGAAGUCUCUAGUUCUUCAAUUUACAAAGUUGUACAUAGUCAUUAGGUUGUCUGAAAAUGUGAGAUAUCAUGUCAGUCAUGCUGUUCAUAAAGGCUAUCGUUCAUUUUGCAUUUGUUCUUCUCUUGUACUGCUGAAUUGAAGCUCUGCUUCCUUGGACCAUGCAAAAGUGGAAUUAAACCACAUACAAGUAAUAGAUAUGAC